CCUAGCUCACUACACGAAGACAAACCCAAUCAAACAUAAUUAAAAAUUCUUUUCUCUCGUUUUUUCGAAAGAAGUCACACGCCGACAACUGAUUUCGAUUAUUAAAUCAUCAUCAAGAAAUAAUUUAAAAUUGUCUCGAAUCGUCCAACCAAUAAUUCACAAUGGUGCGAAUGAGCGUACUUUCCGAUGCUCUCAAAUCUAUAAACAAUGCCGAAAAGUCAGGAAAAAGACAAGUGUUGAUUCGUCCCUGUUCGAAAGUAAUCAUCAAGUUUUUGAAAGUGAUGAUGAAGCACGGUUACAUCGAAGAAUUUGAAAUUGUGGAUGACCACCGAGCUGGCAAAGUUGUUGUUAAUCUCACUGGACGUAUAAACAAAUGCGGUGUUAUUUCUCCCAGAUUCGACCUGCCCAUUAAUGAUAUCGAAAAGUGGACCAAUAAUUUACUACCCUCUAGACAAUUCGGAUACAUCGUUAUGACAACGAGCGGUGGUAUUAUGGAUCACGAAGAAGCCAGAAGAAAACAUCUUGGAGGGAAAAUUUUAGGUUUCUUUUUCUAAUUUAUAACGUUGAAAAAAUAAAUUUUCUUAAGUUUA